AUGGGCAUCAAGACAGCAUUGCCGGCGGCGGAGCUGGGCCUGUACUCCCUGGUGCUGAGUGGGGCCCUGGCCUAUGCUGGCCAAGGCCUCCUCGAGGCUUCACAAGAUGGGGCCCAAAGGAAGGCCUUCCGGGAGUCUGUGCGACCCGGCUGGGAGUACAUUGGCCGGAAGAUGGACGUGGCUGACUUCGAGUGGGUGAUGUGGUUCAGCUCCUUCCGCAAUGUCAUCCUCUUCACCCUCUCCGGACACGUGCUGUUUGCUAAACUCUGCACCAUGGUGGCUCCGCAGCUCCGCGCCUGGAUGUACGCCGUGUACGGGGCCCUGGCCGUGGUGGGCACGAUGGGCCCUUGGUACCUGCUGCUGCUGCUUGGCCACUGUGUCGGCCACUAUGUGGCCUCCCUCCUGGGCCAGCCCUGGCUCUGUCUGGGCCUCAGCAUGGCCAGCCUUGCCUCCUUCAAGCUGGACCCCCUAAUCUCCUGGCAGAACGGGUUUGUAACGGGCACUUUUGAUCUUCAAGAGGUGCUGUUCCAGGGGGGCAGCGGCUUCACGGUGCUGCGGUGCGCCAGCUUCGCGCUGGAGAGCUGUGCCCACCCGGACCGCCGCUACUCCCUGGCCGACCUGCUCAAGUACAACUUCUACCUGCCCUUCUUCUUCUUCGGGCCCAUCAUGACCUUCGACCGCUUCCAUGCCCAGGUGAGCCAGGUGGAACCGGUGAGGCGUGAGGGUGAGCUGUGGCAGAUCCGGGUCCAGGCGGGCCUCAGUGUGGCGGCCAUCAUAGCUGUGGACAUCUUCUUUCACUUCUUCUACAUCCUCACCAUCCCCAGUGACCUCAAGUUCGCCAGCCGCCUGCCGGACAGCGCCCUUGCUGCCCUCGCCUACUCAAACCUGGUGUAUGACUGGGUGAAGGCCGCCGUCCUGUUCGGUGUAGUCAACACGGUGGCGCGUCUCGACCACUUGGACCCGCCCCAGCCUCCCAAGUGCAUCACAGCGCUUUACAUCUUUGCGGAAACGCACUUUGACCGUGGCAUCAAUGACUGGCUUUGCAAGUACGUGUACGACCACAUUGGCGGGGAGCACUCUGAGGUGAUCCCCGAGCUGGCGGCCUCUGUGGCCACAUUUGCCGUCACCACGCUGUGGCUUGGGCCUUGUGAUAUUGUCUACCUGUGGUCACUCCUAAACUGCUUUGGCCUCAACUUCGAGCUCUGGGUGCAGAAGCUGGCAGAGAGGGAGCCCUUGGCACAAAUGGAGGCCUCGCUGUCGGAGCAGAUGUCUCGCAGGGUCCGGGGCAUCUUUGGGGCCAUGAACUUCUGGGCUAUCAUCAUGUACAACCUUGUAAGCCUGAACAGCCUGGAGUUCACAGAGCUGGUCGCCCGGCGUCUGCUAGUCUCAGGGUUUCCCCAGACCACACUGGCCAUCCUGUUUGUCACCUACUGUGGUGUCCAGCUGGUGAAGGAGCGAGAGCGAACCCUGGCGCUAGAGGAGGAGCAGAAUCAGGACAAGUUGAAGCCGGAGUAG